AUCAGAGGGUCGGAGACCAAGAAGAGACCAAUCUAUACUCCUGGACUUCUCUUGUUGCUAAAUCCAUUCUCCUGGACGUUGCAAAAAGAGAAAAAAAGAAAGAAUAUCACGUUCCUCCUUUCACGAGGGAAGGGAGUAUUAGCGAGGUCCGUCCAUGUCAGCGGCAUACUGGGCCAGAAUACAUGCAGCAACCACGACCCCCUUCGUGGGCUUUCUUCCCCCGCAGAAAAGGCCCAACCCAGACUGACGAGCAGUUUCGCAGCGAUCAGUUGGCCAAAAGUAUAUACGAAACAAACGAAGAGACGCCUGUCCAACCCGCCGACUCCGAUGCAACGCGAACCUGUCCAACCCGCCGACCCUCGGACGCCUCACGCACAAGCCCACACCCACCACCGGCAAACGGCAAAACGCGCGCGCGCGGCACAUCACAUAUGCAGAGCAGAAUGCAGAUGCACCACGUUGUAGCAGACCGCCGGCGGCAUUACGUGGAAGCGGUCCCACGAGGCCUUCUCGUGGUGCUGCCCGCGACAGCGACAGCGGCAGCAGCGACCAUGGCGAAUGGCCACGGCCACGGCCGGCGCAGGGCGCUCGUGGCCACCCUUGGCGGCCCCCGGAGGCGUGGCAGCGCAUGCGGUUGCGAGACUCGCUUCUGCGUUCCUCUGCUACUGGCUUUGCGCCAUUGUGGGCGUGUUUGUAUCACAUGCCAAUACUGCUCUGUGAGGCCAGAACAGAGCGAACGGUGUAAGACGACCUCAUCAUGUGAAUAGUGGAUCCGACAUGUGUGGUGUACUGUGGCAUUCUGCAAUGUAUGAGACUCGACUUGAUUCACGAAAAAGUAAUGUCAUACGGCUGUGUUGAUUCCUCA